AUGGGUAAAAGCAUGGUGGAGAAGCAACUUGAUAUUACUAAGAUAAUGAAGGACCUUAGAAAUUCAAAAGUUUCUAACAAUUUAUUACUUACGAAAUCUUAGAAAGAAUUGAUACCUUUUUUCUAGCACAAUCUAAUAGACAAGCAGUUUGAAAAAAAUCUAGUUAGAAAAGAGUAAAGAUAGUAGUAGAGGAAAUAAAGGAAAGGGAAAGAAGUUAACUUACUUGAAGAAAGUGUGUAAGCACUUCCUCAUAUGAUAGAUUUCUUUGUGGAUUUCAAGAAAAAUAAAAAUGAAAAAGGAAAAAUAAUUUUUGACUAGCUGUUUGGAGAGGCGACAAAAGAUAAUGGAAAUUUAGAGGUUUAAAUGUAUAGAGGACUGUUUAGGAAAUAUGUUGACUAAAAUCUUACUCCUUAGGGCUUAAUGGUAUAAAUAAAAAAAGACGCUGAAUAAAUACUAGGGUAGCAACCUAAAAAAUAUAAAAAAGCGAUUCAGGAUUAGCUUAGCUUCUAAACUGAAAAUACUAAAGGUAAAUUCAUGGAUUAUGCAGAUAAUCAUAAUGAGAUUGUAGAUGAUUCUUCAUUGCUUUAGAGAGAAGACGAAGAGAAUAAUUACAAAACUAAUAAAGGCGGCGAAGAUAAUUAGUUUAAUGUUUAACCAAAGAGGAAGACGCCUUAUGGUAUUGGCAGAAAUUAAGAUAAAUCAGUCUCUAGAGUAACUAGAUAGGAUAAUAAUGAUGAUGAAAAUGAAGAAGAUGAUGAUGAUGAUAAUAUAGAAUGA